GACAUCAUGAACAUCAUCAUCACUGUUGGUACUAAGUAGCCUCUUCGUUGGCAUUCUUAGCCUAGGCUCCAAGUCCUGAGGGCUUAUUUCAUUGCUACUUCAGAGGUUUUCCUCUAGCUGUAAGGCAGGGUUUGGGCAAGGGAGGGAGCUCACACUGCCACUGCCCAUGAUAUUCCUCUUCUGUGGAUAUACAACCUCAGUCUCCAGGACUUUCAAUCUAGUGCCUUUCACCAGUACUGAAUGUAGUCAAAAAUUAAAAAUAAGACACGAGGGGAAGGAGAUACUUGAUUUCCAAGAUGGCUGACAGUACUCUGCUCCAUAGCACUGAAUUUGAUGUUACUUUAUAGUCUAUAUAUGAAGUAAAAAGUGAUGAAGAUGCCCUAAAAGGCGAAGUACUUUGUGCCACUGACCGACGCUAAAUUUCAAGACUAUCUCGAUGGCCGCAAGAGAUCCAUCAAACUUAUGUGCAGAUCUUCAGAGUUCAAUCAAGACAAGACAACACUGAUCGUGACUAAUAAUCCCCUUCCUGACCUGAAUUCCAGUCACAGAAAGGACACUCCCAUGAAGUUUUUCUGCAAAGAGCACGUAGGAAGGGGGAUCGAUGCCAGGAGUCAACUUCAUUUACCCCCACUGAAGACACAACAGAACCAGCUGACUGGACCAGGCGCAUGUUUUGCUGAGGGAAACGUUGGGAGAUCACUGCAGUUCAGCAGGUUUUCCACAGACACUGAUUUCAAGACUGAAGGACAGUUUUCCAAAAGCUAUGCCAAGAGGCGAUUGCUAAAGCUAUACCCCCAUCUCCACUUUCAAGCUUUCCCGAGACUAGACACAAAGGGAGUGCAAUCCCUUCCAAGAAAGAACAGCAAGCCCACAAGAGAAACAAGCUGCCAGUGGGAACCAUUAACUCUUUCCUCCCUUUUUGAAGCAAAGCCCAUUGUCAACGUACCAGGGGAAAACAGCUUCAAGUAUGGGAAAGUCUCGCAGUGGGUAGUAAGCAGUUCUUUUGUAGAUAGUUCCAAAUAAAGCCUUCC